AUGGAUUUUGGAUCCGAAAUCAAUGCUGGACGAUACAUUUAUGCUGGCGUGUCACGAGCCGCUCCACCAGCAGUGUCACGAGCACCUCCAUCAAGCACGCCAGGAACACCUGCACAGUCUUCGCGAACUGUUCCAGUGCGUGUCUCGGUUGGCGUUGCAACUGAACGUCUUUCACAGCCCAUUCAGAGCCGCUUGGUGGAGCAGGUUGCUUACGCAAUGGGACAGAUCCAUUUGCAGCCAAGCGUUCGUUCGCCAGCCCCACAAAUUAUCCAGCGCCGUGAAUACUAUUCUCAACCAGUACGUUGUUUUUCUACCAAUGCUGGACGAUACGUUUAUGCUGGCGUGUCACGAGCCGCUCCACCAGCUGUGUCACGAGCGCCUCCGUCAACCACGCCAGGAGCACCUGCACAAGCUUCGCGAGCUGUUCCAGUGCGUGUUUCGGUUGGCGUUGCAACUGAACGUCUUUCACAGCCCAUUCAAAGCCGCUCGGUGGAACAGGUUGCUUACGCAAUGGGACAGAUCCAUUUGCAACCAAGCGUUCGCUCGCCAGCCCCACAAAUUAUCCAACGCCGUGAAUACUACUCUCAGCCAUAUGACGGUGACUACGAGGAUUUCGAUCCAAUGGAUCCAUUCCCAACAACUGGAUAUGAUGGUGGCAGCGUCGUUACAGCUGUCACACCGCCUGUGGCUCAUCACAGAAAAUAUAGUCCAAUAGCGGUUGUUGAGCAAGCUGUACAGACCUAUGAUUGGGGAGCACCAUUAAAGGAAGCCGAUAUUGCGCCUGCACAAGUCGAAGAGACUUCAGCGAAUAUUGUACAAACCGAGAAUGGUUCUACUAUGGUAAUUUUUUGUUUGCAGGAAAAGUGA